AUGACUUUUUACGAAAUUGACCCCAUUGGGGAUACACUUCUCAUCCUCCACAAUGCAAAUGCACCAUUUGCAGUAGUUCCGGCGCAAGAAGAACGGAGUGAAUCGGGCUCGGCUCUAGACGACAAACCAACGGGCGAACCUCAGAAUGCAGACAGCAAGCCGAAAGAAGAGGACAGUAAGCCACAGGAUGCAGAUAGCAAACCAACGUUACAAAUGCGACUAUCAUCGAAGCAUCUUGCAUUGGCAUCCAAGUAUUUCCAGAAAUUGACAACGAGUAACAUGAAGGAGACUACGCCCGAGUAUGGCUAUUCAUUUGUUAUAAACGCCAAUGACUGGGACGAGAAGGCGCUGCUGGUCUUGAUGAAUAUCAUCCAUGGGCGGACUACAAAAGUUCCUCGAUCAGUUGACCUUGAGAUGCUUGCUAAGAUAGCCGUUCUGGUCGAAUACUACCAAUGCCACGAAGCAGUCGAAUUUUUUGCCAAGACGUGGCUUGGCCCUUUAUCUACGAGUAUAAUCAUCCCGAAAGAGGGGGAAAGAAAUUUCAUGCUCAGACUCGUCGUAUGCUUAGUUUUUUCAGAAAAUUUCAACUUCUGGCUGUUAACAAAGACGAUUAUUUGGGGGAGCAAGAAGCCCAUCAAUUCGCUCGGCCUGCCAAUACAGCAAGACAUCAUUGAUGCCCUCAACAAGUCGCGAGAGGAUGCGAUUCGUGUCACUAUAGCUGAUCUCAAUGGGUUGAGGAGGCGCCUCUGUCAGGAUCAAUCGUGCUCAUUCGAGUGUUCCUCAAUAUACUUGGGCGCUCUCGUCAAGGCCAUGACCAAGAUGCAAGUCAUGGAUUCUCCCAUGGUUAAGCCAUACCGCGGCCUCAGCUUGUUGAUGCUAGAACAAGCCAUCCGUGACAUCAAAGAGCCAAGCUGG